CGCACUGCGCACAACACUGCUCCGUCCGGAGAAUACAACGGCAAUUCUGGGAAUCCCGUUCGGUUCCCUCAGUUUCGACACCCUGUCUAGACGGCCAUUAAACCACAUACUCCAGUGUGAUUAGCCUCCAGCUGACUUUAAUGGAUAUAACUGAGUGAUCUUGAAGACAUUGGGAUACUAACAAAAUAUCAAGGUGUUAUUGCUGAUCACCUGGUCUUGGUUGUGUUCUGCUCUCUCAGUAAGCACUACAGCGGAGUGCUGGUUUGGUCAGUAUGCAGGUCUGGUUGCCUUUGGCUCUAUUGCUGAGCCUGAGGGUCACACACUCUCUCGGACAGAACGCUCUUGGUGAACUUCCCGUGCCCCGUGGUUUAAUGCUACAGGCGGAUUUACCUGCACAGACUCUUUUUCUGACAUGGGAAAGUGACUCAUCGCUUUUCGACAUUGAGAUUUUCCACACUGAACUCAUGAAUGUGGUGCUAAAUGAGACAGUGGCAGUUAAAUCAAAUCCUGCAACAGGACAACAUGGUUGGAGUUGGCACUCGCCGUUACCAUUGGAGUGCACCUCUCACUCUGUGCUCAUCAGGGCACGAAAUCAACAAUCAGUUAGCCAGUGGAGCCCCCUUCAAACCAUUCCAGGGUCUGACAUUCCUGAGAUGUUUGGACCCAACAUGUUUCCUCAGGAUAAGAUGGUCACUGUGGGCAGCAACAUGACCUUCUGCUGUAUUGUUGGUGAGAGGCAGGACUUCCAAAGUAUCCAGUACAAGGGACAGGAGAUGAAUGCCACACGCUUAAGCAGAAGAACUUAUGCCAUUACUGUAACCAAUCAGCCGGUGUCUGGCCAUACGGGCACCAAUGUGGUCUGCAGCUCCCAAAUGCAGAUCCUCACUGGAGCGGUGGUUUUCGUUGGCUAUCCGCCAGGCGAUGAGGGUUUGGUUUGCGAGAAUCGGGACCUGGCAUCCGCAGAAUGUUCUUGGAAAAAAGGACGGGACACUCACUUGAGAAAAAAGCACAGCCGCACUAACUAUACCCUUAAUGGAAGGGAUUGUUUGGAGGCUAAUGAAGGGAAGAUAUUCCAGUGUAACUGGACCAUGUGGGAGGGGAACUGGACUCUCGUGGCUCGAAAUCCUCUUGGAACAGUUCAGCUCACUGACUUCGCCCGUCUCACUGAUCGGGUACAUCUGUUGGCUCCAGUAAAUGUGAAGGCAGUAGAUGUCAAGGCAUGGAAUGCCACACUGCAGUGGAGCUGGUCUGUAGAAGCAUAUCAAAAACUGAACAUGAUCUGCCAGCUGCAGCUCAUUGGCCAUGAACACUUAAUCACACGCAACUACAGCGGCAUGGGUUUAUCGUUUGUGGUGCUGGAGGGUUUGUGGCCUGAUAUCGAAUACACUGUGUCUGUGCGCUGUGGUUCUCUUCACAGUUUCUGGAAAUGGGGAGAUGAGAACACCCCCUACAGGAUCCACACUAAAAUGGACCGUCCCGACUCUUUGGAUGUAUGGAUCUGGAUGGACAAUGAAAACACAGGAUAUGUUUUGUGGAAACCUUUGUCUGUGAGUGAAAGUCACGGUGCGUUAGACAAGUUUGAGGUUUCUUACAGCAAAGCAGAGGAAGACAGGUGGACAACGGUGUCUCUUCCUCGUGACAACUUUAGCUAUCCCAUCACCCUUAACAACAGUGGUGACAUCACCGUUGCCGUGGCAGCACGGAACCCAGCUGGUCUCUCACAGCCUUCUACUGUGACCGCACCAGUGUACAUGACAGAUUCUCAGCUGUCUGAUUCUGAGCUCUUGGGCACAGAUGGAGGAUUCGACGUGUCCUGGCAGCCUGAUGCCAAUGCAAGCAGAGGUUAUGUGGUGGAGUGGGUCCCCUCGGGCUGCAGUGGGCUUUGCCCUGUUCACUGGGAGAAAGUACCUGAAUCAAACGGCAGCAUCAGGUUGCAGUCAGUUUCCCUGGAGGCAGGAGUUCGGUACACAAUUUCUGUGUAUGUUCUCUCAGCUGGAGCACCAGUACUGCUGCAGAGAUGGCAUGGAUACACACAGGAGAUGAUUCCUUCACAGUCAGUCAGUGAGCUGUCAGCCAAUCAGUUGGGAUCUGAUGUGGAGUUGUCAUGGAAAGCCAUUGCAAUGGACCAGCAGAGAGGCUUCAUACGUGGAUACACAAUCUAUCUGGCAAAUGCAGCCAGUCUGGAACUCAUUGGUAAUGUGUCCAAUCCUGAAGUCAAGUCAUACAGGGUGAGGGGGUUAUCUCUGGGGUCAUAUAAGUUUAUAGUGAAGGCCUACACAUCAGCUGGAGAGGACACAGGAUCUACUGUAGCCAUUAAACUGGAGAUGAACACUGACAUGUUGGUUGUUGGUAUUCUGGUGUCGUUGGGCGCCAUGUUCUGCUGUCUGAUCCUCAUCAGCAUCUUCUGCUACAAGAAGAGAGAGUGGGUAAAGAAAGCAUUCUAUCCUGAAAUUCCUGGACCUAAGGUACCUGGAGACUGGUCCUCUCCUCAGGGUCCCCUGGAUGUGAAGCCCUCCCCUCACAGUCUGGUCCACAUCGUUGAGAGUCCAGAGUGGGACUUCAGAAAGAAGGGUCUGGUUCCAGUGCCAGAGGAAGAGGAGUCGUCUGAGAAUGAAAACAUUGAUGUAGACACCGAUUCUGAUGAACCCGCCCUCCUGAGAUACUACAACCAGGUGGUCGGUGACCGUUCGAACAGUAACCAUGUUUCAGACUCGUCUGGUUCUUCAACCGCCUCGGUGGGAUCCACACAAACCGAAAUCACCUACACAGGCGUCCAGAGCCCGACCUCCUCACAGGUGACAUACGGUGCUGGAGGUUACAGACCACAGAUGCAGUCUGCUGAAGGUCCAGCUGAUCCACAACUCGGAUUUGAUCCAGACUUCCAAGAGGAGAGCUUGAAUAUGGGCUAUAAACCCCAGUGUUCCUGGCAGCUCGAUUUUCCUGACGCAGAAAACUUUAGCGGUUCACUUGGCAGCCCAACAUCUGUCACAUCAUCCCAGUUCCUUAUUCCAGAAUCUUCUGAAGAGAAACCGCAGCCUUCCAACACCUGGUUCCACAAUCUUCUCUCUGGAAAAUCCUGAGAGCACACUAAUUCAGUGUUUCUUUUCAACAUUCAUGAUGUUCACAUUUUGAGGAUGUUUUUCGCUUUGGUCCCUACUGGAAAUCACUCACAAUUAUGUUAUCAAACAUCACUGCUGUUUGGGACUCGUGUUAUUGACCAGAGAGGUGAAUUACUACUGAAGAGCUGGGGGGAGUUGCAUCUUCUGACGCUCGCUUGGAACAGUAUGAUGUUUACCCCUAGGGGGCACUGCCAUAUCCUUUCAUACUAGUGUUCCUGUCUUGUAGCAACAGUAGCCUUAGACUUUUCCAGUGUUAUCAGAGUGCUCCCUGAAAAUCUACAUUCAUAUGGAAUCUUACCGUUCAUCUUUUCUUAAAUCUACUCACAUUUUUGGUAGCAGUUAAAAUUGGGAGAUCAGAAAGUGUCAGUAAUUGAUGGAUUCUCUCUCUCAUUUUCCGGCUAAAUUUGGCGGGAAAAGAUGGCGGCUGUGAAAAUGUAUUGUUUGAUCAAAAGCAGUGCAUUGAGGGUUUGUACUCAAUGGCUGCAAUACUUCCAUUUCAAAUGGUUUGUUUCAAAAAGUUGUUACGCAGCUUAAGCUAAAAUCUCACCGUUAAUCAGUGUGUUUUACAUGUAACGAAAUGCUGACAGCUUACAAAAAUCCACUCAUUAUAAAAACCAGACAGGCAAACAUACCUCACUUACAUGAGAUUUUAAAAUGAUCCGAUUUAUUUCCGGUCUUGACGUCAAAACGUAAACAGUCAUGCUCACAUGAAAUAAGCUGUCAAAUGGGUUUUCCCUGAUAUAAGAACAUUGUUUACGUGACCUCAUAUGUGGUCAAUUUGCAUGUUAAAGGAAUAUUCUGGGUUUAAUACAAGUUAAUCUCAAUCGACAGCAUUUACGGCAUAAUAUUGAUUAUCACAGAAAGUAUUUAAGACUCAUCCCUUGUUUAAAAAAAAAAAGCACCACAAAUCGUGGUUACAUUGAAGCACUUACAAUGGAAGUGAAUGGGGCCAGUCCAUAAACACAAAAAUACACCAUGUUUCAAAAGUAUAGCCACAAGAUGUAAACAUAAUUUUAAUGAGGGAAAAAAAUGUGUUCUACACAAUUUUAGUGUGAUUAAAUUGCUUAUAUGGUUUGGUUUACCACGUUGCAUCGUCACAGCAACCGAGUUGUAAUAUUGGGUAUAACUUUACACAGAUAAGAUUUGUAAGCAAUUUUAUCUCACUAAAAUCAUGUUAACAGAUAUAAUGUUUACAUCUUAUGGCUAUAGUUUUGAAACGUAUGCGUAUUUAAACGUUUAUUGACUGGCCCCAUUCACGGCCAUUGUAAGUUUCGUACUGUAACCACAAUUUUUUGUAAUAAUUGAGGGAUGAAUCGAAAACUUUCAUUCCGGUGAAAGAUUGUGUUACUUCAUGAUUAAAUGCAGCUAGCUAGUUAUUAUUGAUGCUCAGUUAGUUCCAUGGGUAGAAAAUUACAUUUAUCUACAACUUUUGUUCCAAAGGUCAGUAAUAUUUAACAAAAAUGGCAUUAUCCAUACAAUCUGUAAAGCAUCUUGCAGGUUUUAUGAAUACAUCAUUGCAUUUCAUACUUGCUUAAAUCUGGAACUCACUUCAAAUCUCACAGAUGCAUAGCAUUUACCUGGAUAUGACAUCGGCAACCAUGUGCACCAGUAUACUUAGCCACAUGUCAAUACGCAUAAUGUAGGGUAUAUAUUUGCUAAUUUUAGAGAUAUUAGUCUAGGAUUUCAGAAUGUGCUCAUCUGCUUGCUUUCAAGAAAUCUUCAAAGAGUUUAAAAUGACCACAGUGCCUCUGGAGCUUAAAUUUAUGUCAUAUCCAAAGAGCAGCAGCUUUUUACUAUACCAGUCUCUCCAUUAUUGCUAUGGAUCGUGGGACCAAUGUGUACCACAGGGUAAAUAGCUUUAAAGGAAUAGUUUUCCCUAAAAAUUUAAACUCUCCCUUAUGUCGUUACAAAACUGUUUGACUUGCUUUUUUCGGUAGAACACCUAAGUUGAUGUUAGGCAGAAUGUUCAAGUUGCUCUCUUCCACAGACAAUGCAAGAAAGCUGCGGAAAAAUCCAAUCGUUGUUUGUUUACAUCGUUUAUAAAGUUACAUUGUUAAAAGUAAAAUGCUAAUGGCGUUUUCAAGACCUUAUGCAUUGUCGGCUUAUUAAUAAGGAUGUGCACAGUUACAAUUUUAACAUUCGACUAACUGCGAGGUUGUGACGUAGGAAUGAAGAACGCUUAUUGCAAUUUAAUUUCCUCAAACGUUACUCUAAAAACCACAAAUAAAGUGCACAGUGAGCUAUAAGCCUAAAUGGCACAAUACAUAGAUCCUCCAGUGAUAAAAUCUCACAAAUACAUUUCUUCAAUCAAACUUUCAAGCCUGUAUUGGUUGGACUGCGCUCUGCCUGGGCAGGUACAUAUUUCCGUGAUGCAGCAAAGCCUCAUCGGGGUGCUUUUGAUUUUGAAAUUUUGAAAUCAAAUAGCAUUGAACUUGUCUAAUUAUUAAAUGUGCACACCAAAGCAAAAGGGGAAAACACUGCCUUAACGUUUAUCAAGCGCUGAAACUUAAUAAAGUUAAUAAAGAAAAAAUAAAGUUCUUUUGAACUUUACUUGGUGUCUAAAAAUGCGGCAAUCUUACGUGAGAUGCUGAAAGAAAAACGGGGAGAUUCAGCUAGUGCAACAGUCAAAAGUGUCCGUCCGACGUGUGUUAACAGAAAGGGCAUAGAUUUGGCUUGAACAUUGGGGGUGUAACUUGCUUGCUUGUUUUGAUAAUUGGGGGUCCCCCUCCCCCAUCCCCCCUGGAAUCUACACCCCUGGAUAACAGUAUAUAGAAAAACGGCGCAGGCCCACACAAAAGCAUGCUUGAACAGCCCCUAACUCACCCUAUACUUUAAUAACUGACACAAAACCGUCCGGAAAGCCCGACGUUUUUAUCGUAACUCAACGAGAUCGUGUCGGGUUAAAGACCUCUAUUGCACGUGCAGAAUAAACGAAUAACGGUUAACCGAAUGUCAACUAUCCAUGCACAUCCCUACUUAUUAAGCCAUAUCGAUGUAAGAUCAUGUUUCUUGCAUUGAAACGCUAGUUCAACAGCUGUGCUCAUCAUUCACGUUCAUUGAAUGAAAAUGAGCUACUUCGACAUUGUUAUUAAUAAAUCCUUUUGUGGAAGAAAGAAAGUCAUAGAGUUUCGAAUGAUAUAAGUUUGAGUAAAUUAUGACAGAAUUUUCAUUUUCUGGUGGACUUUUUGUUUAUCUGGCCUUGGCGACAUCAUCUAGCAACAACCUGCUUUUCCCAGAACUUAAUCUAACAUCCAAGUAUUUGAGAGUUAUGUGUGUAACAUUACUGUGAAGGCCUUUACCUGAACACUGUGUAAAUCUCCUGUCACUUUCUGCUGUCACAAUAAGAACAGUCAGAAUAACAUAUACGUCACAACGGGACAAGAUGGCGUCUGUGCUCGCGCACAUUACGCUGAGCCUGAAUGGUUGACAUCAACGUGGAACCAAAAUGAAACCUACUUGGGUCAAUUUUGACUUUAGAGACUUUAAAGGCUGUUAAACUGAGAAUGUGUCUGUUUUGCAUUUGAUUGAAAGGGCAUUAGAUUAACAUUAUUGGGACUGAGUUUGGGUGAUAUUAUGGGAUAGGUCGGCAUCUACAGUAUAUUGCUAAAGCUUUAAACACUACUGUGAAAAACUUUUAAUAAUGAACACCUACUAAUGUUUAUAUUUCUUUAUGAAUGUGAAAUGCAUAAAUAUAUGUAUGUUAUGUUUUUAAGGCCACACAUAUUAAACCUGAGCUUCACGGUCAACUUCAAUAUACUUACAUCAGCUUUAGCUAGAUUUCAUAGCCCAGGAGAGUCAUUUAUUAGUUAUGAAAAUGGAUAAGUAGCUUAUUUUAUAUCAUUUACACUGUGGUGGCAGGCUGUAAGUGUCAAAAUCAUCUCAAAAGGCUACUUUCUUCUUACUAUCAGAUUUUUCUAAAUGUUUCUGAGCAGUGUGAACACAAAGAGAACUGUUCAGAUUUGAGCGACUUCUAGAUCACGUGGGAUACCACACUACAAAGCAUGUAAUCCAUUGUAUAUAAGCUUUUCUCUUGUGCGUGAAUAUCAUCAGAUGUGAAAAUUGCUUCCAAGUUAAUAUCAAUUAAUAUUACAUUAAUAUUAUCGCCUUUUUAUGCAUGGCAGAUUCCACAUUGUGUUUCAGUGUUUAGAGAUAGAAGGAAUUAGCUUGUAAAGAGGAAUAACGGAUAAUAAAAUUAGAAACACUACAAGUUAAAACACGUGUGUAGGACGUUUUAAAGAUGUAUCCAGGCAUCUGGGCUCUUAAUACUAUGCUAAUGCACUAACAGAAUCAUACCGUCUGUAGUAUUAUAGACAAUAAAGCAAAUAAACCAA